UGAAGAGUUUGUUUUUCGAACGUAACAUUUUGAAAGCUCACUCAGUUUCCUGGGACAACAGAUUCAAAUGAUCUUCGCUCUAUGUGUUUUACUUUUCCAGCUUGUUCUGGUGGCAACCGGUGACGCUGGUAACAAACUUGGUUACGAUAGCCUGGGUUGUUGGAAUCUUCCAGAAAAUGACACGUCAAAAGUAAUGAGUUUAGAGGGUCAUCAUAGCGGAUUAGAAGGACUAUACUGGGACAGAGUUGAUUCCGUUACAAAAUGUGCCGAAGUCGCGCAGGACAAAGAAUACAGAUAUUUCGCAGUUCGUGAUGGCGGCGAAUGCCUGGCGGGUCCCAGGCUUCAAGAGAGUUUUAAAGAGCAUGGAGAGUCGCUGGAAUGUUUUGAAGGAGAAGGAGGCCACGAAGCUAUUAACGUCUACAAAAUAAGAGGGAAAAUCGCUUCAGCAGAGGACUUUGAGGGUGACAUCCUUCUAACCAAGUUGCAGAGAGCCAUGACAAGUCCUUUCCAUCAAGACGUAGCGGCUGCCGACGUGUGGGAGAAAGCGAGUUUUCUCUGGCCAGAAAGAACUGUGCCCUAUUACAUUCCAUCUGACCUCGUUGGACAUAAUUUAGCUGAUAGAUUUCACCACGGUAUACGACACUGGCUUGAACAGACCUGCGUCAAGUUCGUACCAAAGAAAGCUGGUCACAGAGACUGGGUGGAGUUAUACAGGGAGAAGGACCCUCGGAGCCGUAGAUGCGCAUCUUCUAUUGGUCGAAUUGGUAGUUACCAACCAAUUAAGUUGGGAGAUCAUUGCCCACCUGGCAGUGUCAUUCAUGAAGUGGGACACGCCCUUGGCUUAUGGCACACCCAGUCUAGACCCGACAGAGACAAAUACGUACAAAUACUUUGGGAAAAUAUUCUACCAGGUAGAUCAGACCAAUUCAAGAAGUAUUACCAUGGCUCCCAGGACACGUUAAAGGUCAAAUACGAUUACUUGAGUAUUAUGCACUACGGAAAAGACUACUUUGCAAAGCUGAACCAUAACCGAAGAUAUUACCUGACUACAAUAAAGACCAAGGAUCCAAAGUAUCAGGACAAGAUUGGCCAAAGAAAAUAUCCCACACCAAGUGAUAUCUUGAUGAUUAACACCAUGUAUGGAUGUCCAGAUUAUCCAUACAUGUGGCACACGGGAAAAUGGGAUGACUGCUCUAUUCCAUGUGGCUCCGGCAAUCAGACGAGAGACGUGUAUUGUGCCAAGAGUGACCGGAAUCGAACAUCCUCAGAAUAUUGCAGUGAAACGAAGUUACCGGCAAAAUAUCGCAGAUGUUACGGAAAACAGUGUGAUUCCUGUCCAAAGGGCUGGAUUUCUUAUCACGAUGCCUGUUAUCAAAUAAACUUGGCCAGAACAAGUCUGCAGGAAGCAAGUGAUAAAUGUUUAGAUCAAGGGGCAGGGAUCCUAACAUUGAGAAGUACAGAGGAAGAAACUUUUUUGAGAGCAGAACUGGAGAAAAAACAGCUUAACAAUAUAUUUUAUUGGCUAGGUGCAAAGUACAGCCCUAGUAGAGGUAAUUUCAUCUGGCCUGAUGAUACAGAUGUCGUUUACUCUGCUUGGAAUCCAGGAGAGCCUCGCUUUGGAUUGGACUGUACCCUGAUGCUAAACCGAAAAGGCUGGGGCUCUGAUCGAUGUGAUAUGGAUCGCAGCUAUAUUUGUAAGAAAGAACUAAAAAAUUACAAAAGGAGCGAAGUGGAGAUAAAGAAAGAGAAGAAGGAAAACUAUCAGUGGCGUGCAGAAGAGUGGGGUGAUUGUUCUGUCUCCUGCGGUGGAGGGAAACGAAAUAGAAAGACCCUGUGUUUUGGAAUGGACGAACAGAAUGAGGUGGACGAAUCUUUUUGCGAGGACAAUCCACCGCCUUUAGCGUGGGAAGACUGCAGCUUUAACCCAUGCCCCACUCAAUACAAAUGGCACGUAGAGGAUUGGGGGGAUUGCAGCAAAAGCUGUGGAGGUGGAAUUCAGCGGCGAAAGAAGAUUUGUGCUGGGAAGGAUAUGAUUUCUACCUCCUGGAAACUGUGUAAAGAAGAGCCUCCAAUCACCAGAAAGAGGUGCAACACUAAUUCUUGUCCAAGAAGAAACACCAAUGUUUCAGUGGCACCCGUUUGGAGGGUGAGCUCGUGGAGCAGAUGCUCCAGGACUUGUGGGCAUGGUCAUCAGAUAAGAAGAGUGUUUUGCUCCAAGAGUGACAACAAGCCACUGAAUGAGACAGCUUGCGCUGGGCGAGCAAAGCCUCUUUCUUUACGACGAUGCUCUGCUACGAAUUGCAGUCUAAAGAAAGCUCGAGUUUGCUCUGAUGGUCAUGUGAUGUGCAAGAUUUGGGCAAAGCAGGGAAGCUGCAAGACAAGCAAGUGGGUUCGGACAAAGUGCCGCCGCAAAUGCCAUACAUGCUGAUCAUCUGGAUCUCAAGAGCGUAUGACAAUGUAUACAGAGCGUUGGCUCUCUAAAUCGAAAUAAUCCACCAUAAGUGAGACUGUAAUCUCAGAGGUCCUCUGUUAUACUACUAUGGACCCAUUGCCGGGUAAACGCAUGCAAGAUAUCGUAAUUCUGCUAAGAACUAAUUGUUCGGGUCAGCGAAAUGUGGCUGCUUGGGGUACUUAGUAUGGGUAGAAGAUAGUUCUAUUUGAUAUACCAGAGCAGUUUUAUAUGACAUCGGAUUAAGUUGUAAGUCAAUCACAAUGAUUAUAUUUUCAUAUAACUGAGUCACAAGGAUUAAAACAUUCCUUCUGAUUUUAGAGCUAAAAAUAUACAUAUCUGAAUACCGUCGACUGUUCAAAUAAUUCAAAGAUUCUUAAAUACACUAUAUAAAUAUUUAUCAGGCUACCAAUUCAUCAAUUAUUGCCCAGUGAUAAGUUUCUGCUUCAAAGCUUCUGUUAGCAGACUAAAGUAUGUUAGAAACUGAGCGAUCUAAGCAAAGAAAUCAAUCCUCCAUAUUAGUUAAGGAAAACUGUUUUGUCAUUACCUUUCUCCGCCCUUAUUAGAACGAUAAAACUUUCGAAAUAUAACUCGGUGAUAUAACGGAAGAAAACGGAGUAAUAAUUUACUUUUUUGACGUAGUCAAGUUCUUAUAUUAAGACUAGCAAGGACUUUCUUUCAUUCAACAUUUUGAUGAUUAUCAGAAUAACUGGGGGUUUGAAAACGA